AUGGCCCGCCUCGAUAGCAAGGCAUUCAUCGGCUCCACCUCCAAGGCAAGCACCGGCCCCUCCGACGGCAGCGACCCUCUCGAGCUUGCCACCCGCUGCCACGGCAACUAUACUGAAAAUGUGCCGCUGGCGUUGCUCCUCGGAGCCAUCGUCGAGAUGAACGGCGGCAAUAGGCGGGUGCUUACGGGUGGGUUUGCGGCCCUGCUGCUGGCGAGGAUGCUGCACGUUGAGCUGGGCAUAAGGGGAAAAGGAGGCAUGGGUCCUGGGCGGGCGCCGGGCCAUUUCAUGACUCUAGGUUUCAUUACUGGCAUGGGCGGGUGA